GGGCUGUUGGACACAUUGACAGCAGCUUAUGAGGACACCGUGUCUCCGCUCAGAGAACACGAGCGACACGCAUCAGAUGUCCAGCAGCUGUUGGUGGUUAAAAAAGAGGUUCCUUUUGAGCAGCAGGUCUGGAGCUCCAGUCUGGACCAGGUGCAUCCAGAGCCCCCACUAGUUAAAGAGGAACAGGAGGACCAGGAGAACCCAGAGCCCCCCUACAUUAAAGAGGAACAUGAGGAACUCUGGACCAGUCAGGAGGGAGACCAGCUUCAAGGGCUGGAGGAGGCUGGUCUCAAGUUCUCAUUCACUCCUGUGAAGAGUGAAGCUGAAGAGGAAGCUCAGUCCUCUCAGCUUCAUCAAAGACAAACUGAACCGAUGGAAAUAGAAGCUGAUGGAGAUGAUUGUGGAGGACCAGAACCAGCCAGGAACCCAGAUGCAGAUAGACCUCCAGAUCCUGAUGAAAAGACUGGAGACUUUUCUGAACCAGAUACUGAUGAGGAGACUGGAGACUCUUCAGAACCAGAUACUGAUGACUCUGUUGAUUGGAAGAAGACCAGAGAACCUCAAGCAGGUUUAAACUCUCUGAAUAAUGAUGAGGUUUCUGUUAGUGAUUCAAAAUGUAGUUCUAGUCAGAAACCAUUAAGCUGCUCUAAAUGUGGGAAAAGAUUUCACCUCAAAGGAGAUUUUAAGAAACACAUGUUCACUCACACAGGAGAGAAACCUUUCAGCUGCUCAGUGUGUAAAACAUCUUUUACACAGAGAGGAAGUUUAAAGAGACACAUGUUCACUCACACAGGAGAGAAACCUUUCAGCUGCUCAGUCUGUAAAACAUCUUUUACACAGAGAGGAAGUUUAAAGAGACACAUGUUAACUCACACAGGAGAGAAACCUUUCAGCUGCUCAGUGUGUAAAACAUCUUUUCGACACAGUGGAACUUUAAUGAGUCACAUGUUAACUCACACAGGAGAGAAACCUUUCAGCUGCUCACUCUGUAAAACAUCUUUUGCACAGAGCAGUCAGUUAAAGAGUCACAUGUUCACUCACACAGGAGAGAAACCUUUCAGCUGCUCUCUCUGUAAAACAUCUGUUGCACAGAGCAGUCAGUUAAAGAGUCACAUGUUCACUCACACAGGAGAGAAACCUUUCAGCUGCUCACUCUGUAAAACAUCUUUUGCACGGAAUGAAACUUUAAAGAGACACAUGUUAACUCACACAAGAGAGAACUCAUUUUAGUUGUUCUGGUUUUGGUAAAGUUGACAUUUAUUCGACUCCCUCGCUUGUCAACAAGACCUUGAGAAACUGGACCUCCCUCGUUUGGGGCAGUGACUCACUUCCAACUGGGAGGACUCUAUCCACUAACCACUACGAAGCCAUCUCCACUAAGUGAAUAUCAUCUGGGUAGAGUAGUCACCAUGUUUGUUUUGUUUAAAUUUACCUGCCCUGUUCUUUGUCAUCGGGUAUUUUAUGAACCCCCAAGUGUUCCUGUUGUGCUUGUAGCUGCUGUCAUAGCGAUCCAGUCUGCUGAGCUUUGUUGAGUUGAGAUCCUCCACCAAGAAUAUGUCAGCAGACUGUAUUUCAUCAGUUAUCGGUCCAGUGACGUGGCUUUUGUGUGAUACAAUUACAGUUACUGUACUUUA